AUGAACAGUACUACAUUCCGCACCUUCCUUCUCUGUCCCAGUCUCCCAUCUUUUUCCUCUCUCUCUCUCUCUCUCUCCAUUUCAUAGAAAUGAAACACUAGCCGCGGAUUCGAGAGAAUACAGCCUUACUACUCUGAGUAAUGAGAGAGUGAACAAGUGAAAAGGAAACAAAUGGAGGGAGCAGAGGAAGAGCUGGAGAGGAGGAGCAAGUUCCUCGACAGUUUGAUUAAGAAGAAGAAAGCGAUUGAACAGCAAGAGCAGCAUGACUGUCUCAACGUGCGUGUCAGAGCCUCUGACAUGCCCCUUCCUUUGCAGAACCGUGCCUUUCGCUGCGCACGUGACCAACUCGACUCCAUGCCCGGCAAGCUUGACAGUAAACGCCUCGCCCUCGCGCUUAAGAAGGAAUUUGAUUCUUGGUAUGGUCUAGCUUGGCACUGCAUUGUAGGAACCAGCUUUGGCUCAUACGUCACACAUUCCUCGGGAGGCUUCUUGUAUUUUUCAAUUGACAAGGUUUACAUCCUUCUCUUCAGGACUACUGUUGAACCUUUAGACCAUUGAAAGCCUUUAAAACUGAAAUGCAUCGAACUCUAUGGUUUAUAAAUAUUUCCACUCUCAAUUUACAUGUAAAAUUCAUAACGGCUGUAUUAUCUGUUCUAGUUUUUUAAUUCUGUAUCGAUGACUUUCCUUAUAUUACAAGCAUAAAAGAGUGAUAGUUUGA